AUGUUCAAGCAACUGUCUGUCGGUCUGUUGUGUUUAGGCCAUCUUUCAAGUGGCUUGACUACUGGCCGCAGAGAUAAUGCGGCGGCUACGCUUGGUAAGCCGUCCAUAUACCAAUGCCCCCGAUUUCGCUGGUGGUGGCCAGGUGGCUGGAUUGAACCAGAAGAGGUCACCGAAGAAAUCCAGUCAAUCAUCAAUUCUGGGUUUGGAGGUGGCGAGAUUGGCGAUGUUCGUGAUAGCAUCACCCAACCAUCCGACCCUAAGAUAUACGGAUGGGCCCAGGAGCGAUGGAACAAAGGCCUUUUGGCCGCUUACACGCAGUCAAAUAAGAUGGGCAGCUACGUGGAUCUUACUCUUGGACCUCACUGGCCUACUGGUUUCCCCGGAUACACUCCUGACUCACCAGAGACCAUGAAGGAACUGGUGCAUGGCCAAACUUUUAUUGAGGCCGGAAAAUCUUACAAUGGUAGCAUUCCUUUGCCAGAAGCUGCCCCGUCUGGGAACUCAACGGUGAACAAUGUCAACGCGACGUUGAGACUCGUGGCUGUCCUUACCGCAAGGACCAGCACAACUAAUGUUUCGGCAUCAGUUGUUGAAAUUGAUCAUGAUUCAAUUGCUCUUUUUACUGAUAGAGUCUUUGAUGAUAACAAAAUCAUUUGGAAUGCACCCAAUGACGGGAGGUACGUUCUUGUCGCUGUGUACGGCCGAGGCACUGGCCAGGUUCAGAACAUGUACGACUGGAACACUGGAGGCCCUGAGCUUACAUAUCCAUGGCCUGCAUACAUCGUUGAUCACUUUAGUGAGGCCGGGGUCGAAGCUGGAGUCAAAUACUGGAACGAGAAUAUCCUGACCUCUGAGAUGCGAGGUGCGCUUGCGAAAAGUGGAGGAUCUAUGUUUGAAGACUCGCUGGAACUCAAGUAUACUCAGUAUUGGACAUUGAAUUUUCUCAAUGAAUUCAGAUCCCGUCGAGGUUAUGAUUUCUCUCCAUUUCUUCUCUACGUGUUGAAAGAUACGAACACAUUCUCAGGAGAUGCUCAGGUGGCCGCCCAGAUAACGAACGACUUCUACCAAACCGUCUCAGAUCUCUAUGUCAAUUACCGGCUGAAGCCACUCCAAAAGUGGGUGAACUCGCUUGGAUUGAAACUUCGCAUCCAACCUUACACCGCUUCGUUUGAUAGCAGUUUAAUAUCAUCGUUGGUCGACAUUCCAGAGGGAGAGUCUCUAGGCUUUGACGGCACCCCGGAUUCGUUCCGUGUCUUGGCCACUGGGCGAGAUAUUGUAGGAGGCACGGUUCUUUCGGAUGAACUGGGCGCAUAUUUUGGUAAAGCUUACGGCGUUACCUGGAAAUUUCUGCUUAGCACCGCCAACCAUGACAUGUCCCUGGGUGUCAACCAAGUCGUCAUUCAUGGGUAUCCAUAUCAAACGUCUCAGACAAGCCUUUGGCCCGGAUAUGCUCCCUUCACUCCGUUUGGCUCCUCGAAUGGUUUCGCUGACGCUUGGGGUCCACGGCAACCUCAGUGGAAGUAUGCUACUGAGGCCAGCGGAUAUCUGGCGAAUGCUCAAAAGCUCCUUCAAGAAAGCGGACCAUCAGUAGACAUCGCGAUUCUCAACGAGGACUGGGGUGUUACUGCUGCAUGGAACGAUCCUAGUCUCAAUGCAGCAGGGUACUCCUACCAGUUCCCAACCCCCGAGCUCUUAUUUCGCAAUGAUGUUGGGGUUCGUGGAGGAAGGCUCGCCCCGAAUGGUCCAGCAUACAAGGCACUGGUUGUUAACAGCACAGCCAUGAAUCUUGAGACUGCUAAACUGAUUUUGUGGUACGGGCAGAAGGCUUUGCCUAUUGUACUUGUUGGCGACCUACCUACAACAACUUUCAGCUACUUCUCUGACGGAGAAACGGAAACUCGCAAUAUGCAAAGCGUCCUGUCCAACGUCAAGAUUCUUAACACUACUGCGACGGCGAGAACUAGCUCCGAUGUUCCGGCUGCUUUGAAGAAGCUUGGGGUUACACCUUUAGCACAGUACUCUUCAGGCUCAAAUAGCACGCUAACAACCCUGAGACGUACAAAGGAUUCAGGCUAUGUUUACUGGAUUUAUAACGGAGGGGAAACCAAGUUCAGCGGCUCUGUCAAACUUGAAGGUGAAUCUCAGCCAUUCCGCAUUGAUCUCUUCUCCGGAUCGGUCUCUAGUAUGCCAGUCUUCAGCAUAGUGGGUGGAUACACUUCGGUGGACGUAAAUAUAGCAUCGGGAGCUAGUAUUGCCAUUUAUCUGGGGGAAAACAACCCAUUUGACGCCUCAUCUCUCGACACAUACCUCGUUUCAACAACGUGCCGUAGCCAUGUGAGAGAUGGCUCAGUUUACAUUGCUUCAAAUGCAAGUUGCAAUGCGAACACAAACACCAGAAAGAAUAUCAGUCUGUCUCCGGCAGAGAACCUUCCAUCCCCAAUUUCUUCAUUCGCGUGGACGCUGUCUGUGGAGGACUGGGCUCCUGCUGUUAUCAACGAAACUGGGACAGAUUCCUACAAGACGACGAAAACUAACCUUUCAUCCAUUACCUUGAAUGACCUCCGUCCUUGGAAUAAGAUUGAUGGCUUAGAGACCGCUAGUGGCAUUGGGGCUUACAAGACUACGUUCGAUAUCAACAAGAAUAUCACGGGAACCCGGGUUUUACUGGAUGUGGGUAAUGUGGAAGGCACUUGGGGGCUCGAGAUCAACGGCAAAACGGUGACUGAAGUUGAUUGGUUUGGAAGUGAGCCUUUGGAUGUGACUGACUACAUCGUAAAUGGGAACAAUGAACUCCAGAUUACUGUUGCAACAACUCUUUGGAAUAAGCUCAUAGAGGUUUGGCCAGCUGUUUACGGGUCUUUGGAUCCGCAGGAGGUUGGGCUGACCGGGCCAGUGACCAUUACAUAUGUCUCUGAGAAGCGGGUGAAUUAG